AUGGCCGAAACCCUCGACCGGAACUACGGCGCCCAGUUUCCCGAGGAAUUAGAAGGCCAUCUCGAUUUACAAGUAACGCAUUUUCUUUAGUAAUACAUUUUUGGCGGUAUAAUCAAUAUUCAGAAUGCCUCGGCGAACUGCUGCAAAUUCAAUCGAUGGGGAAGCAUUGUGGCCGUUGGCUGCACCGACGGAAGAGUGUUUAUUGUCGAUUUUAUCACCAAAAAUAUUGCAAGAGUAUGUGGAUGCUCUGCAAUAAUCUUCUACAAUAACCAGUUUUUCAGACAUUCUCUGCACACUCGCUCCCAGUUAGCUGCAUCUCUUGGUCUCGCGACGGACGGAAAAUCCUCACCAGCUCGGCGGAUAAUUCGAUCGCCGUUUUCGAUGUACUCUCCGGUAACCUUCUCCACAGAAUCCGCUUCAAUUCCAUGGUCACUUUCACCAUGUUCCAUCCUCGAAACGACAAUAAAGCUAUCGUUCUCCAAAUCAACUUUCCACCGACGGUCGAGCAGUUUUCUCCGAGAAUUCAGAAGUGAGUGCAUCGAUUCGCGUACUCCUAUUGCAUUUUUCUUGUUUAGAGUGCUUACCAACGACAGUCCGGCUUCCAGUGACGAUGUGGUGAGCUGCGUGUCGUAUGAUCGGAAGGGCAAGUACAUCAUCACUGGAACAGGAAAGGGAAAGCUGCUCAUUUACAAUGCAGAGACCCAUAAGUGCGUGGCAUGGUGCAAGCAGAACACCGUCCAGCAAAUCAGGCAGAUAAUCGUGCCGAUGAAGAGCCGAUUCAUUAUUACCAAUACUCAGGACAGAGUGAUCAGGACUUACGAGCUGGAGGAGUUGCUCCAUCAAAGAGGAGGAACUGUAGAGGCCAAGUACAAGGUGCUGGACAUGGUGAAUAAGGCGGCGUGGAAGAAUGUAUGCACGGACAGCGAUGGAUUGUACGUGUGCGGAGCUUCGACAAAAGCGCAUUCUCUGUACAUAUGGGAGAGCAAUACAGGAUCUCUCAUCAAGAUUUUGCAUGGAAACAAAGGAGAAGCAUUGCUCGAUGCUCAAUGGCACCCCACUCGUCCCAUAAUAUUGUCGAUUGCUCAGGGAUCCGUGUCCCUUUGGACCCAAGCUCACGUCGAGAACUGGUCGGCCUUUGCCCCAGAGUUCCAAGAAUUGGAAGAGAAUGAAAAGUACGUUGAGAAAGAAGGAGAGUUCGAUAUGGAAGACGAGGAUGCCGACGAGGACAUGACAAAUAAGAGUCAGGAUGGAGAAGAGGACAUAAUUGAUGUAGUCGGAGUGAAGCCAGAGGAGUUUCUCGCAAGUUCGGAUGAGGAGGAUUGCGAGAAGAUGCGACCGACGAGGAAUUUGGAAUCUGGACCGUUAUGGUACGUACCGGUUCCGCCAGAUAUCGAGAACCCAGAGCAAGAAAAGAAACUGCCGGACGGUGAGUCAUACUCUCGUUCAUUCAUUCUCACAAGAUUUGUAGUAUUACAGACAUCCGAAGCCUCGACGAAUUGUUAAACCCGGAAUGGGUGAGAGCGGCGAAGGGCUACGAUGAGAUGCCAUCGACUUCCUGA